GAUUCAGACAGUGACACUGAUCAUGUGACUGUGAUUGACAUGAAGGUUGAUUGUUUGAAAAGCAGGAGGAACAGGAAGGAAGUGAAUCUGUGGUUUAACUUUCAGAUGUCUCUCUUGUGAUGUCACAGUUUCCUGCUGAGGACAAACUCAAUAAAACAUUAAUUUAGUUUUUAGAUCAGACUCUAACUUCAGAGACGAGAGACAAAUAAUUUCUCUUAUAGAUGCAGCUGUGUGUCCUUUGUCAUAAUGUGUUUGUGUUGUGUUCACAAUGUGUGUGUGUAUGUGUUUGUUCACUUCUUCCUUCUCACGAAUCACUGUUUCCUCUCCUUCAGGUUCAUCCUGGCCCGUAAGUGCAGGAAACUGUCCGGACUGACCAAGGAGGAGAGGCUGAAGAAGAUCUGUGAGAUCUACGCCCGGGUUCUGGACUCGGAGGAGGCUCUGCAUCCGGUUCACUACGAGGAGAAGAACUGGUGUGAGGAGGAAUAUUCUGGAGGCUGCUACACAGCUUACUUCCCCCCAGGGAUCCUCACCCAGUACGGGAAGGUGCUGAGGGAGCCGGUGGGCCGGUUGUACUUCGCUGGGACGGAGACGGCCACAGAGUGGAGCGGCUACAUGGAGGGGGCGGUGCAGGCCGGAGAGAGAGCGGCCAGAGAGGUCCUGUGUGUGAUGGGCAGAAUCCAGCAGAGUGAGAUCUGGCAGCCGGAGCCUGAGAGUGUGGAAGUUCCCGCUCUGCCCUUCGUCACCUCCUUCUGGGAGAGGAACCUGCCGUCGGUCGGGGGCCUCCUCAAGCUCACCGGAGUCUCCGCCCUCCUGACGCUGGCCACGGCAGCGGGCCUCGUGGCCUACAAGAAGGGUCUCCUCCCCCGGAGCUAGAGCGGGGGGGGCAGAUCUCAACAGACACUGUACUCGAGUUCUUCUAGUGCACCGCUCCGUGUUCAGAGUGGUGACCUGUAGGGUUAGGAUGUUAUUUGAGAAACGCCCGGUCGGAUCAGAGACUGUUGAGCUCAAGCACCGUCGAGCACAAACGAGAGAGAAACAGAAAAGAUUAAACGUAAAGAGACGAGAGAAGAAGACUCGAGCUCGUCAGCCAAUCAGAUUGAAACAAUGAAACUAAUGAAGAAAACGAAUCAAAUGAGAAAUAGAUAUAUAACAUAUAUAUGAUGAAUAAUGUUCCACACAUUGCCAAUGACACUCCCAUUGAUCACAUCAGAGUGUAUUAUCUCUGUGUGUGUGUGUUUGUGUGAGUGUGUGUGUGUGUGUGUGUGUGUAAUUACCUCUGAUGAUUUUCGGUGCUGAUCCACUCACGUCACGUUCAAACACUUGUUUUCACGAAAUUAAAAACCCCAGCAGAGGAUAAAGAUGAAGUGAUAUUUUUAUUUGUAUUGUUUUUAUUGUGAACUCAGCAGCUGAUUCAUCUCAGAAUCGUCCUCUCAGAGAUUCUGUGUUUUCAGACGAUGUUGAUUCAUCAUCAGAUCCUCGUUUGUGCUGCUUCAGUAAAAACUCCAUGAAAAUCCCGACUGCGUCAAAGUGAGUCCGACUGAAGCCUCGUGAAUUUGUGCAGAUUUGUGACGUGUGAACCGAAGUGACCUGUGCAGCUGUUUGUAUUUUAAUGUUGGAGCGACUCCAUGAAAUCCACUUCCUGUAAACAUCACUUCACAUCUGAACGUUCCUCAACCUGAAGGAACUUUGACUCUUUGAAACAGAAAUACACAGAGAAUUAAUAAAACUAAACUUAUAUUACUUUCUAGUUUGAGUUAGAAAGGGAAAAGAGACAUUAAUACUUUAAACUAAACUUUACAGCUGAUGGACGAACAAUUGUUAUAUGAUUAUAACAUGAAAAUCAAGGUUCUAUCCACGUUGUUAGAAUUUAAACAUGACUGAGUUUUUACAUCUGUUGUGAAGGUCGUUCUGUGUUCGAGAGAAUCCUCUGUUCCAAAGAUGUGUGUGUUUGUGUGUGUCUGUUAGUGUUUGUGUGUAGUCUGUUGUGCCUUAAUUGAAGUCCUAGUGUUUUUCGUGUUUCCUCUCAAGUGCCUGUGUGACUCUGACACUCUCCGCCCUUUGCUCCUCCCCCUCCUUGUCCCGCCUGCACUGGAGGUCAGAGGUCAGAUCGAGCAGGUUGCUGGUUUAAAACCUGUUUUACCGGAGUUGUGUCAUCACUGUUAACGUGACUCUGGUGAAUCCAGUUGUGUGAACAAACUAAAUAAAGAUGGACGACACGUCUCCACUAAAAUAUCUACGAUGCAAACGAUGACGUCAUGUGAAGUUUAGUGGAGCUACAUCAUCGAGGCCACGCCCACAUCGUCCAACCUUCGCAGAAAAUACACAAAAUAUUCUCACAAAAUAAAAAAUAAAUAAAAAUACGAUGCUACUUUCAAAAUGUCUUUAGAAAAUGAAAGUUUCUUUAAACGAUUACAGAAAACUUUUUUGCCAUGCAGCUACUGUCUCUCACCAGUAGGGCGGGCUGCAGCCCCACGUCUCAGCUGUCAAUCAUCAUGUCUCAGAACAUUUUUAUUAUUAUUAAAACCAAACCGAUCAGAAAAUCUGAAGAACGACCUGAAAUGACAGAAACCAUCUUUAACAAACAAUUAUUCAACGUCUACUUUCAUUUUGUUUGUUUGUUUGGUCCAUGUCACAUCGGCUAACAUGGAGGAGGUCAGGGCUUGUAAUCAAAACGGUGUCGUCUGUGAUCAGAUUGUUGAAUUUGUCAAGCUGUGAUCUCCAGUGUGUGUGUGUGUGUGUCUUGUGUUGGCAGUGUGUCUCUGUCUCUGUUGUGUGAUGACCUCAUGUCAGCUGUUUUACCCCCUCGCCUCUUUUUCUACUGGUUUUCUUCUCACAGGAGCAGAAACACACGUCCUGAACCACAGAACUCGUACAGAACUCUAACAGAACUCGUACAAAACUCGUACAGAACUCGUACAGAACAGAACCGACGUCUCGUGUGUGUAAUCGUCCUCCGGCCCUCGUGUCUUUCUCUGUAAUUGAGCCUCUUGAUUCUUCCUGUGUCUCGUUGAUGUCUAUGAUUCCUCAAACAAAGCUGGUGAUAUUUAAAGAAAGAAAUGUGAAAUAAAUCUUUUCCUCGUAUGAAA